UUGACGCAUUUUUAAAAGAUACACGUUGCGUUCUAUGUGUGUUCGUCAAGUUACGUACGGAUCUGUACAGAAAAGUUUAAAAAAGAGAUAAAUUAAAAUUUAUUAGUAUAAAUUAGAUUCUUUGUGUGCAAUUAUAUAUAAUGUGUGGACGAAAAUUCACCGUAUAAAUGAAUCUCAGUCACGGUUCCAUUUAUAUCCGCGCGACACUAUGUGAUGCUACAUCAAAGUGCGACAAGUGAGUGAGGACCAGAAGUUAAAUGUAUAUUCACGCAUGUGACGAGGCUAAACAAAACGGAAGAAAGGAAGGAAGGGAGGAAAGUCGAAAGCGUAUUCACGGAUUCACGCUUAUAUUCGUCCGUACUUUUUCCAUCGGACCUCCAAUAAGUCGACUUAAUUGCAAAAAUUGUAUAUGAAUUCUUCGUAACUAUGCGCUCACGUCUUCAAACGUAAUCGCGCCGAUCGCUACCUCGCGAGGCUUUUUGAGAUUAACCGGAUUCGCAGGACAUUGUAAUUAUGAAACAAACGGUGCUCGUUAUCACUUGCGUUCUGGGCUUUGUCUUAGCGGGAAGUCCCCGAUUACCUCGAACGUCCGCCGAUCAGCGUGGCACGCGCGGUGCGAGCCAUAAUAAUACCGGCGCAACGCUACAGCCGUCCUCCCGCAACUUGCAACGAAAUAGAGAACAAUACCUUUUCAACGUCUUCGAAGUGAUAGUAUCAACUUUGGAGUCCAAAUUACAACGAAUCGAGAAUUUAGAUAAGGCGGUGGAGCACUUGAUGAGAAGAGUCGAAGCUUUAGAUUCACGUGUAAACGAUAACAUUGACAAAACAGAUGCGGUGAUUACUAAACUUAGGACGUUAGAUUUGAAGCUUUUCAACGCGUAUCCUAGCAUAUCCGCGGAAGUCGCAACGAGAAUUACCGAAAGUAAAAGCGGAGGUCAUACGGAAGACAUUCCAUUGAUACGUGUGAUUCAUCAUGAUGAAAACAAUCAAGCACCAGAGACUGUUGGCGAAAAAUUGAUUUCUCUGGAUCAGAAAGUUUCCGAUAUUGAUCAUAAGCUUGUUAAUCUUAAGAAUCAGCUCGACAACAAUUUUUUACAAAACGAUGACAUAAAUGCCGAGGCGAGUGAAAAGAAGCCUGUCAGUAUGAGCGUGAUCGAGAUCACCAAGGCUAUGAGUAACGAGGUGAUGAACCACAUGACGCUCGAGAUUGAGAAUCUUAAGCAAGCGACUGGUAAUAUGGAUCGAAAGCUUCAAUUCCAUAUGAAUCUAGUGUCGGAUAAUCUCGGAGCGGUGUACAAUAUGAUUAGUGAUGUGCACGGUGCUAUUGUCGAGAAAAAUAAAGAGAACAAUCGGUAUAAUCGUCUUAAUUCGACAACAACCGAAGCCCCGGCAAAACAAAGCAAAAUCAAUCGCCUCACCGAACAAAUGUAUCCGAUGCUUACAGUUUCUGAAAAAAUGGACCAAGUUUGGAACGUAGUGAUGGGAACGAAAAGUUCAGUGGACGACUUGCUGCCGAAAUCCGACGAAUUACUUACUCAGACUCAAAGGCAAGAGAGAGCGAUUAGCGAGAUUCACGCCGAUCUGAGAUCAAAGACAAAUAAGAUUAUCGAAAAUCUCGAAGGUGUUGAAAGCCGCUUGAGGAAACAAGAGGAUGAUGUAGCCACUCUCGCGCAACGUCCGAUUGCGGCUGAAUUGUUAUUAGAUCCGACGAUCGAUCGACUCGUUGAAUAUGAUCCAAGCAGAUACGUCAGCGUAGCCGAAGAUUUUGUAACGGAGAUGCCCACAUCUACGCUACCCACUGUCUCACCACCCUUGUCAACUACAACAUCGAUAUCGUCCGUCGCUUCACCCUCGAAUAAUCCUACUUAUAGUUCAACGACACCCAUGACAUCCUCGAGUACCGUGAGACCAAACAGCAGAAAUCGUGGAGUGAUAUUCCCGAGUGUUAAAAAUAAACCGAGUUUAGCAAAUUCUACUUUCACAAGCGACGUAUCAAUCAAUUAUAAGGAUGUCAAGGGUUACUCUUGCGUGGAUUUAUUAAACGGAGGAAUGAGAGACAGUGGAGUAUAUUACCUACAAAUACGCGGCACAACAUAUUGGUUCCUUAAAGUCUACUGUGAACAGGAAAUUGCUGAUGGUGGCUGGACGGUUAUUCAAAGAAGAGAUGAUUUUGGAGAACCAAGGGAGAAUUUUAAUAGAGAUUGGGCAGAUUAUAAAAAUGGAUUUGGGGAUCCCGCUAAAGAAUUUUGGCUAGGCAAUGAAAACAUAUAUAUGUUAACAAACAAUGAAGAUUACAUGCUCAGAGUUGAACUUGAGGACUUCGAAGGUAACAAAAGGUAUGCACAAUAUUCGCAUUUUAAGAUUUAUUCUGAGGGAGAGUAUUAUAAACUGGAGAUAGAUGGAUAUGAAGGAAAUGCUGGUGAUUCAUUGAACGAUCCUUGGUACGGAUCAAACAAUAGCCCAUUCUCUACGUACAACAGGGAUAACGACAGAUCAUCCUUGAAUUGUGCUUCAAUGCUCAAGGGUGGUUGGUGGUGGAAAUCUUGCGGACGUGGCUUAAAUGGUCUUUAUAUAAAUGAUCCACAAGAUGUUACUGCACGACAAGGUAUCGUAUGGUUCCGUUGGAGAGGUUGGGAUUAUACUCUAAAACGUGCAUUGAUGAUGAUCAAACCAAAAGGACCAGCAACAACGACAACAACAACAACAGUAUAAACAUUGGAAUAGUGUAAAGUUUGAAACUUUGAAAUUUUUUUACGCGCCAUCAUUAAAUAACAACCUUGCACAUAGUACUUAAAUUAUGUAUUGCAAACUCAUAAACACACUAUUAAUAUGGAAUUUUAAAGCACCGUUUUCAAUUAUUUUUC